UUUGCGCGUAGUUAUAGUCAUUAGCUCAACUCCUUCUUAAGUGCAACUAUACCAUGAUAAAAGUCGUUUUUCUCAUUCCCUGGAUCACUCUCUCUGUGUUGACAGAGCUGAGUGCUGCAGUCAGUUCUGUUGAUCAGUUUGCGCUGAAAGGAAAGUCUAUUAAUCUCACAGUGGAAGGACUACAAACAGAGAAUGUCAACAGACUUUCAUGGAAAGUAAACUCAACGAUUAUACUGGAGUACGACCUGGAGGAAAAGAAAAAGAAGUACUUCGGCAGUUUUAAGCAGAAGACAAAGUUUAACCCCACAGACUACUCUCUGUACAUUAAGAACCUGACGGAGGCAGACAGUGGUCUCUACUCUGUUGAAAUUAUGGACAAUUCUGGGGGACGCACUGAUCACACCAAGUAUAACUUACAUGUCCAGGAAGCUGUACCCAAACCCAUCCUAAAUCUGAUGUUACUCCAUCUCAACUCCUCUGGAACAGUUUGCAAUGUGUCAGUGAACUGCUCAGUUGGACACAGCUGGGUCUCCUGCACCUGUGAUCAGGACCAGUGUAAACAUGUGGAACUCCAGUCAGAUGUGAACAUCAGUGUUACUGCUAACAAGGGUACCAUCACCUGUACAGGCAGCAAUCUGGUCAGCAGUGCAAACCAGUCAAAAGCGAUGGAACCUCUAUGUGUUCAAUCCCCCCUUACAGGUUCCUCUGCAUUCAUGGGUAUCAUUGCAUCCGUUUUGGCAGUUUUCGGGGUUGUAUUAAUAUGUGUCAUAUCGCUGGUUAGAAGAUCCAUGAGGUCUUCAAGCCAUUCUGUAUCACAGGUAACACUCUUGACUUUGAAAUUGCUAUUUAACAUUUUUUGUAGCUCUGUAUUUACUUGCAGACACACAUAGACAAAAGUUAGAAUGUGUGCAUGCUAUAGCUGGCAGUGACAUGGCCAGGACAGUAGGUUGAUCCCAAAAAAGGGGGUAUUAUUAAAAUAUGAAGGGGACAUUGCCACUUUAUGUUUAGAGAAAACACAAAAACCUAAACCUAAAACACACAAAUAAAGCCAAAAAGGGAAGGGAACCUCCAUCCCACACCCACCAAAUGGUCUCCUUUGUCUUCAGACCAGCUGCUUUAAUGUUUCUCUCUUAAUGGGGAGCAGCUGGUCAUCAUUGUUCGGUUUGAACUAGUGGUUGGCUAUGGGGAGCUAUCAGUCAACUGUCAGUACAACCCUUCCCCUGCCAGGAUGGUACCACCCACCAGCUAACAAUAUUUUGAUCAAUAUUUUAGAUAAUAUUUUUUCACAAACAGAUACAUGUUCAUUAUGUGAGCUGUACAAUCCAUCCAACCGUUAUCAAUAACUGUUUGUUCAAUGCAGCUUAGUGUUGGUCUAGAGCCUGUCUCAGAAGAAUGGCGUGUGAGACAGGGUAUACCUUGGAUAGGAAUCUGCCUACUCCACAAUGACACAGACAUUGAUUGACUGUUACACACAAAGUACAAUUUAGAGUCUCUAACUGACCUGAGACAUGUCUCUGCCUAAAUCACAGAAAUUAGUCAAACUGGACACUGUUAUUAAUAAUACUGUAUUCACUUUAUCUCUUCUGGAGAUGAGACCACUGGUGCGUCACAACUCCUGGACUGUGGAUUCAGACAUGGGUUCUAAUUGGGCUCAGUCUGUGUGUAGUUUAAAUGUUCUGUCCUUGGUCUAUAUGGUUUCCCCCACAGUCCAAAGAUCUGUUUCAGGUGAACUGGUGAUUCUAAAUUGCCCUCAUUGUGGGAGUGAAUAUGUGAGUGAGAUCAUCCAUGAUGAACUGGGGUCCUGGCCCUAGUGUACCCUGCCUUGUGCCCCAUGGAUCCCAGGACAGGCUCUGGUCCACUGGACGUUGAAAGAACAAAUUUAUUUCCCUCUUUUGUUGCAGUUUGCUUAUUUCCAGCAUGUGUCAUGUCUUCCAACAUGUGUAAAAGCAAAAAUACUUUUGGAAGUACUGUAACUGGUGCUCACUCACUUGCAAUCUUCUGUUUUACAACCAUUUCUCAGUUCUUUCCCAAACUUAAAACAAAAACAGUUAGAAAAGUCUGUGUUGAAUUGAUACAUAUUCUCAAAAUGUACCUAAAACAAAUUUUACAGGAAGACCCUUCAUGCAUAUUUAAGAGCAUACUGACAUACAAUAUACACUGAUUCCAUAGAUUGUUGUGUCACACUUAGCAGUAUAAUGAUGUAAAUAUGUCUUUAGGUGCAGUGGAAUGAUGUGUCAUAUUUACACCUGAUAUAAUGAUGUCUUUAUAAAUGAUCUAUUAUAGAAUACAGUGUCUGUGCUGUAAGUGCAUCAUAACAGAGCUUAAGAAAUAGUUUUUUGUAUCUGUAUCAGAUCAUACUUAUGUGCUUUAUGAUGUAAUUGUGUGUUUGUAAUUUAUGUGCUGCAGAACAUCGGAACUGAGCAAAACACUAUAUACUCCACUCCGGAGAACCCAAGCACACACUGCCCUCUAAAUGUCAACCAAGAGACUGAUCAAACUGUGUACUGCACUGUGAUGCAGAGAAAUAACCAAGGGUCCAACGCUACAGUACCUCCAAGCCACGAUGGUGAUAUUACUAUAUACAGUAUGGUGAAAAAAUGACCUGGACCUCCUAACUUGAUGUAAGGGUUUAAAGCAUAUCAACUGUGACACAGAGUGCAGUUUAGUAGGUUGAAUGGUAGGGCAGCAGGUAGCUCUCACCGCACCUGGACCGUCUGAGUGAUACUGGAUUCGAAUCCAUCCCAGUUUGUAUGGAGUUUGCAUGUUCUCCCAUAUUCCAAAGACAUGUUUUUUUUGGAGAAUGUCUUUUGCGACCCUGUAAUGGACUUGAUUCUGUUGGUCAAAGGUGGAAUGACAGUACAGGGUUUAUGGCCCUAUCAGGACACCAUGGUUUUGUAUUAAUUUUAGUUAUUAUAUUUUGUCAUGUCUUAUAAAGGUGAGCUAUGCUUUAUUGUUAAAGGUGUUUACAGAGAAAGAGAGAAAUUGGGUUCUAACCUUGUUCAGUUUGUGUGUGUGAGUUUGUAUG